UAUUCUAACUAUAUUUAAAUAAAACUUUGAACAACAUAUCCUGCUUUAUAAAUAUAUUUCAUAAAUAAAUAUUUAAAUACAAAACUCCAUAAACUAAAUAAUAUCAAACAUAAAUUCAUUCGCUAACCAUAAUCAGCAUCCGCAUAAUUUAUGGUGCUUUCAUCACGUAAAAAUUGAUAAAAUCCACAAAAGUGUAUUUACGAUCCACUUUUGGGCGAAACACACACACACACACAAUAUUAAAAAGCUUUCGUUUCCAACAUAUUUUCGAAAACUAACCCAUUGACGCACUCACCACACCAUUGCAUAAUAUCGUUUCGCUCUAUUCGCUCGUUCUCUCGUUACUUACAAUCCACAAAUAGGAUCCAUAGUAUACACACCUGACUUCGAUUUCAGUGCACAGAUCAACAUUUCGGCACACAACAUCAUUGAUUUCAUUUAUCGCUUUGCUCUAUUCGCUCGUACUCUCUUAUCGUAGCCACAUAUCAUCUCCAUGGUAUACACACCUGAUACGAUUUCAACUUCAUAUCAGUGCAUCGAUCUUCAUUUCGCUAAUACAUCAUCACCCAGGUCGUCAACGUUGUCAUCACCGUCAUCAUCGCCAUCAUCGUCGUCGUCGGGGGAGAUUUUUGCUUCAUGAUCAAUUCACUGAUAGAGCUUUUUUGAAUAACAUUUUUUGUCGUUGAAAUGCAAUAAAUAACUUUUGCCUUUUCGUAGGUUUAACCUUCAAUGCUUUGAAAAGAAAUUCUUAGUACAGAAUAAAUUCGCUUGUUAAAAUUGGAUUUUGGAUUAAUCUCAAUUCUCACAAUCUAUCUUUGAAUUCAACUCGCCGUGAGAUUUCAUUUGUUGGGACAGUUUUUGUUGGGAAAUUUUAUUCUUUGCAACAGGGUUGCCACCUAGCAUUUUUGAAUAAUUGAAAAUUAAAAAUCUACAAUGGCUGAACCAACACUUGAUGAAUUAAAACAACAACGAGCUUCUACUAAAGGAAGUAUAUCUCGGAUAAAGAAUAUCGUGGAAUGAAUUCUAACGCCCUAACUUCAACUGACAAUAAACAAAUAUUAGCAUAUCAAACCAAAAUAGAAGUUUUAUUACCAACAGAUACUAGUAGAGGUGAAAUAGAAGUUUUGUACAUCACCGCAAAAACUAAAAUUCUUUCGCUUUUGGGUACUGGUAGACGAAGUAGUGUCGCAGACAUGACAGUUUCUACUGUCCCACAUACAAUUAGUCAUCUUCCAAAACAACGUUUACCAAAGUUUAGUGGAAGAUAUUCAGACUAUAAAAAUUUUAUAAAUUCGUACAACAAUUUGGUAGAAAAUGAUUUAAGUUUGACAAGAAUAGAAAAAUUUAAUUACUUGCUUUCUUGUUUGAGUGAUCAAGCUCUUGGCACAGUUAAGGCUUUUCAAGUCACGGAAGCCAAUUAUCCCAAGGCACUUCUUAGUUUGAAAGAGCGCUAUGAUAAUGAUUGCCUCAUUUUCUUAGAAUAUAUCUCACAGCUGAUCGAAUUACCCAAGGUUCAAAAAGCUUCUUCUGUUUCUCUACGGAGCUUGGUAGACAAUAUUUCGGCGUUGAUAAGUUCGCUACUUUCUAUAGGAUCGCAUGAGAAUAUUUGUAACGCAAUAAUAAUUCAUAUUGCGAUGUCGAAGGUUGACACAGAUACACAAUCGAAGUGGGAUGAACAACCGCACUAUAAGAAGUUGCCCGAUUGGAAGGAUUGUGCAAGCAAACGGUGCCAAUAUUUGGAAGCAAGAGUUAGCAAGCAGAUUCGUUCGGAACAAUGCGUGAAGACAUUCAACAAACAUUCAUCACCAAAGCCAACAAUAGUAAAUCCUCAUCGCCCACAAACUUCGCUUGCUGCAAACCAACGAUCCUGUAUCUUAUAUCGAGACCUUAACCAUUCAAUUACAAAUUGUAAAAAAUUUCUUGAGCUUUCGGUUAUGGAUAGAUUUUGGAAAACCAAAAAACUAGGCUUGUGUCUGAAUUGUUAAGGGAAGGGUCAUAGUGUAUCUAGAUGUCCAUCGUCUUAUAAGUGCAAGACUUGCAAACAAGCACAUCAUAGCCUUUUGCAUAGGACUCAACCUGCAGACACCUAUUCUGGUAUUGAUACUCCCUCAGAUACAUCUGGUCAAAGCACAUCGGCUGCAACUCAUUCCGCAAUGGAAAAAGAGCAAGUUCCUGAAGCACAAGUUUUUUUAGCAACAGCAUUAGUUCUUAUCAAGGACUAAUCGGAAGGCUUUCAACUCGGUAGGGUUCUACUAGAUUCUGGUUCGCAAGUCAAUUUUAUUAAUGAAAAGUUCGCCAAUUCACUUGGUCUAAGGAAACAUCGUAAGAAUGUUGACAUCGUCGGAAUAGGAGUGACUGAAACAAAAAUAAAAUAUCAAACUCAAUCAACAAUCCGUUCACGAUAUAGCAACUUUGAAAUUUCUCUCGAGUUUUUAGUUGCACCUUCCAUCACUGGGUAUCAGCCUGAAGCAUCUCUCAAUGUAAGCAGUUGGAAUCUACCUUCUAAUUUAGAGCUUGCUGAUGAGAAUUUUAAUCAACCGUCACAAAUCGAUUUAUUGUUAGGGGCUGAAGCUUUCUUCGAUUUAUUAGAAUCAGGUCAGAUAAAACUCGGAGAGGGUCUUCCAUCAUUGCAACAAACUGCAUUAGGAUGGAUUGUAUCUGGAAGAUACAAAUCAAAAUACAACACUACAAAGAAAGCAUCGUGCGUAGCCAAUACACUUGAAGUUGGUCUAAAUAAAUAUUUUGAAAAAUUCUUUGAAUUUGAAGAAAUUCAAGGUCUACGGUCAAUAUGGUCUGAAGAACAGAAUGAAUGCGGAAAGCAUUUCAUAGACACAAUUAAGGUGCUUCCUAGCGGUCGGCUUAUGGUACAACUACCUUUCAAAAAACAUCCUAGCUGUCUUGGAGGCUCUUACGAUAUUGCUUUUAGAAGAUUUUUGUCGCUUGAGCGUAGGUUAUCCAAAAAUGCAUCAAUAAAAAGUCAAUAUUCUGAUUUCUUAAAAGAAUACGAACGUUUAGGUCACAUGUCUCUGGUUCCCAAUCCAAACCUUGAUGAAGAUCAUUAUUAUCUUCCGCAUCAAUAUGUAUUAAGGCCUGAUAGCGUAUCAACAAAGUUACGUGUAGUCUUUGACGCAUCUUGCCGCACAUCAUCACAAAUUUCUUUAAAUGGAAUACUAAUGGUGGGUCCUAUUAUACAGGAUGAGCUUUUGAUUAUUUGCUACGUUUUAGACUUUAUCGAUACGCGCUAACUGCAGACAUCGUUAAGAUGUAUAGGCAAUUCCUUGUGCAUCCAUCGGAUAGGAAAUUCCAAUUCAUCUUAUGGAGAGAAAACGAACAUACCCCAAUACAAACUUAUCAGCUCAAUACCAUAACUUACGGCACAUCAUCUGCACCCUUUUUAGCAAUUCGCUGUCUUCAGUAUUUGGCUGAAAUUAACGUCGAACGUUGUUACGGCCACCUAGAAGGGAAACAUAAAACGGAACGAUUAGAAUAUGCCUGACUAGCAGGACUGGGCUCAGGAACAUCCUUGCAAAGAUUGAGAGGAAAAGAAAUUGCAAACAUGUUCCUGAGUGAUAUACAGUUGGUCUACUUAUCUGUAUCAUCAUUCUAGGGUUUGUGUAGUGUUCCUUUAUUUUUACUGAAGGAACAUAAAAGUUCCCGAAUGUAUGAAUGAAAGGGUAAUGUUACCCAGAGAUGGUCCUUUGGGAAACAAAAUGUAGGGCGAAUGUGGACGGCUACCUUGAUAGUGCCCAUUCAUUCGGAUUUGCUUCUUAAUAUAAAUCCAUGAAUGUCUGCUAUAGAUUAAAAGGGAAUCCAUAAACCGACGACGAAAAGAGUUAUGGGCAAGUCCACGCAUGGAGUCCACGACAACUCCUGGCUAGGACCAGAGGAUAAUGGACUUUUAGGAAAUUUAUUAGCACUAGAGCGAAUAUUGUUUCAACACGACGAAAUAAAUUCAGAUAAAAACGCGAAAAAAACCUCGAAACCUCAACCGCGUGGUAAAACAUGACCGAGUUGUAAAUUAAAUUAAAUGAAAAUUUGAGGCAAAGGACAAUUGACAGGUAUGAACAGCUGGGUUUAGAAUUUCGUUGAGAAAUAAAACUUCUCAAACUAGGUAAAAUUGGGUUCGGGUAUUUGAUAGAAGUAGAAAUGCCUGAAAGUAGACUAUAAUAUUUAGUCGGUUGUAUUUGAAUUGAAAUUCAAAUACAAACACCAUUAAAGUUGACCUAUGAAUACCGUCAUCGAACGGGCAUAGUUGCGGUCGUCGUUGGCUCGAAGUGAAGACAAUGCCGUGAAGAAGAUUAUUCGAUAGUUAGUCGUGCAAGCUGCUAGACCACAGCAUCUAUCGAAGACAGUGAAACUAUAAGUUCUAAGAUAAGAAAUAAAAAAUUUGAGUCUUGUAGAGUGCAUAUUUAGUACUUUUUUUUUGAUUUUGAUUGUACUUAGUAAGUUAAAUAAUUUAAAAUAAAAAGAAAAAAGUGCAUAUUAAUUUAAGUAAUUUAAUUUAGAUAGUGCUCAACUAUAGUUAAAUUAAAUUAACAUAGGAGUUAAAAUAAAGCCAAGAAAAAUAAAAUUAAGUUUUGUGUUGUCAGGGUGAAUUGGCGGUUUCCGACGAACUAUAAGGUCGGGACCGCCCAGCUUUAAAGUUGUCAGAGCCCGAAAGUGCAGUGAAGCGGUGCCCUGAACGGUUCUUACAACCGGUAUAGAACGACAAAUAAAUAUAUAUAUAAACAUACAUAUACUGGUGAAGAAAGGAGCAACAGAUGCUACAUCCAGAGAGUUUAAUCGGCUAAAAAGGGCUGCACUGCAAAUCGACUACUGGAAAGCCUGUAGACAACCCAGGUUUAACAAGUAAAAGCUAUACCAAUAAAAUUAUUUUAAGUUUUGAACCCAACAAACUGCGAAAUCCGCCAAACGUUGUACUGGGUAUCAUAUAAUCCAAGCGUUCACCCCUAGUGAGCAAAAGAUAAAGUAAAAGCGAGGCUUCUUACUGCGACUAGCGUAAGUUGCCGAAAUACUCACCGGAAAUCCUUGGCCCAUCAUAGUCCUGGAGGGCAAAUCUUAAUCUAAGGCUUACCUACAAGAAUUUGGCGUGAUAUUGUUUUUUUUUUGAAAUUAUAUUUACUUAUAUUUUAUACUUUUUAUUCUGUUUUUUUAAAUAUUUUAACUGGUACUUACCAGAAUUUAGUAAUUAAUUUUUGUUUGUGCUAAGGGCAGUUGGUACAAAAGUCCGAGAUUGAGGAUUCCUUGCCUACGUCUCGUGAAUAGGGUCCCUCCAACCCCGUUAAUUGAAAGCAAGUUUUUGCCCCUCGGCAUACGCCGAUACAAAGAGCUCUCUUUAUAGGUAGGAAGUCCCAGGGUAUAAAUUCAUUAGAUUGCUGGCCAAAUUGAAGCCAAAUAAUAAGUUUAUGGUGGUUUGGGUGCACCGAGUGAACACGAGUACUGGUCCGGGUCCGCUAUUUUUGUCGGAGGAACCAACGGCUUUUGGUAUUACGGUGGCCCGUACUUAAACGUUAUUUUUUUUGGUUCUCAUUAUUUUUUUUUUGUUUUAUUUAAUUGAUUUUUUUUGUCUUUUGUGAUUGGGUCACUUAAAUUUAAAGUUUUUUUUUGUUUUAAGCCAAAAUUUGAA